GCAGUUGUGGGCGGGGCCGGAAGUGACGUCACGUUCCGGUGUGGGCGGGGCGGCGGCCGGGCCGGGCGGUGUGGCGGCGGCGGCGGCGGAGAGGCGGGAGCCCGGCGGGAGGCCGGGGAGCGGCCGCCGCCAUGAAGAAGCAGUUCAACCGCAUGAAGCAGCUGGCCAACCAGACCGUGGGCAGGGCUGAGAAAACAGAGGUACUCAGUGAAGACCUGUUGCAGAUCGAGAGACGGCUUGACACUGUGAGGUCUGUUUGCCACAUUGCACAGAAGCGGUUAAUUGCCUGUUUUCAGGGCCAGCAUGGUACAGAUCCUGAUAAAAGACAUAAAAAACUUCCUCUGACAGCUCUUGCUCAAAACAUGCAAGAAGGCUCUGUCCAGCUAAGUGAUGAAACUCUGCUGGGGAAAAUGCUAGAUACAUGUGGUGAUGCAGAGAACAAACUGGCAAUGGAGCUCUCUCAGCAUGAAGUACAGAUCGAAAAAGAAGUCUUAGAUCCGCUGUAUCUACUAACAGAGACAGAGAUCCCGAACAUUCAGAAGCAGAGGAAACAGCUUGCAAAGCUGGUGUUGGACUGGGAUUCUGCAAGAGGAAGGUAUAACCAAGCCCACAAGACUUCAGGAACAAAUUUUCAAGUGCAUCCUUCGAAAAUAGAAUCACUAAAGGAAGAGAUGGAUGAAGCUGGAAAUAAAGUAGAACAGUGCAAGGAUCAACUAGCAGCAGACAUGUAUAACUUUGUGUCCAAAGAAGGGGAAUAUGCCAGAUGUUUUGUUAUGUUAUUAGAAGCACAAGCAGAUUACCAUAGAAAAGCAUUAGCAGUCAUAGAAAAGGUCCUACCCGAAAUUCAAGCCCAUCAAGACAAAUGGACUGAAAAACCAGCUUUUGGAACUCCAUUAGAAGAGCAUCUCAAGCGCAGUGGUCGUGAAAUUGCAGUCCCCAUUGAAGCCUGUGUAAUGAUGCUUUUGGAAACGGGAAUGAGAGAGGAGGGCUUAUUCAGAAUUGCUGCUGGAGCCUCCAAGUUAAAAAAGCUGAAGGCUGCCUUGGACUGUUCAACUUCCCAGCUUGAUGAGUUCUAUUCUGAUCCCCAUGCUGUUGCAGGUGCUUUGAAAUCCUAUCUGCGAGAGUUGCCAGAACCUUUAAUGACAUACAGUCUGUAUGAAGAAUGGACACAAGCUGCAAAUAUUCAGGACCAGGAUAAGAAGCUGCAGGAGUUAUGGAGAAUUUGUAACAGAUUACCUAAGCAUUACCAUGCGAAUUUCAGGUAUUUAAUCAAAUUCUUAGCAAAGCUUGCACAGAACAGUGAUGUUAACAAAAUGACACCCAGUAAUGUCGCCAUAGUCUUGGGCCCCAACUUGUUAUGGGCAAAGAAUGAAGGAUCCCUUGCUGAAAUGGCAGCAGCAACUUCAGUCCAUGUGGUAGCAGUUAUUGAGCCAAUUAUUCAGCAUGCAGACUGGUUCUUCCCUGGAGAUCAAGAUUUCAAUGUAUCUGGGGCAUUUGUUGCAAUUCCUGCUGUUAAUUCAAAUCACUUGUCACACACUGGGAAUGAAUAUGAAUCUGGGACACUGGAACGGAAGAGGCCUGUUAGCAUGACUGUAAUGGAAGGGGAUUUAUUGAAGAAGGAAAGCUUUGGUGUGAAGGUUAUGGACUUCCAAGCGAACCCUCGGAGAGGUGGCACUAUAAAUAGAAAGCACACAUCCCCAGCUUUCCAGCCACCACUUCCACCCACCGAGGCUGGCGUGCUGGCUCAGCCGGGAGCGGAGCAGCACUCCCAAGCUUCUGUGGCUGAAACAAGCCCAGUAGGUGCUGGUUUUGCUCUCUCUGCUGGCACAGCAGAACAGUUACAAAGUCAAGGAAAUGAGGAUGGCAGUACCUCAAAAUCGAAGGACAACACAUCUGCAGCUACUCCUCCACCCGUGAGGAACGGCGGGCAUGCCGCUGCGCAGAGCCAGCCAGCCAGCAGCACUAAUCAGCUUCCUGUCAAUCAGCCACAGAAUGCGGCAGGUCCCAGUCCCCAUCUCAUGAGGAGAACCGUUAAGAAGCCUGCGCCAGCCCCCCCCAAGCCAGCCAACCCGCCACCGGGGCAGCCAGGAAGCCAAAGCUCUGCCGCUGCUGCUCAGCCACCUUCUGUCUCUCCAAAGCCACCUGCCAGAAGCUCUUCUCCUCCUCCUCAACAUGCAAACCAAGGAGCAGCCCAGACCUCUGCUUCCCAGGUCUCUGCACCUCGGAGAUACUCCAGCAGCCUUUCCCCAAUCCAGGCUCCCAACCAUCCACCACCACAGCCCCCAACACAGGCUACUCCUCCACUGCAGCCCAAAUCUAACAGUCAAGCAUCUCCUCCUGCUGCACCCAGCAGUGAGCACGGACCAGAGCAGCCCUCCUACACUCCUCCGCAGACUCCGACACCGCCCGAUACACCCCCUCUAGGAAAACACAGCACCAGUUCCCCAUCAGCACAGCCACAGCCGGCUACUCCAGAAACCUCCCAGUCUCACUCUCUACCUCAGAGUGGUACACUGCCGAGGCCACGGCCAGUACCGAAACCCAGAAACAGACCUAGUGUCCCCCCUCCGCCUCAUCCUCCUUCUCAGCUGGCUGGAGAUGGUAUUAUUGCAAAUCCCACACAAACAGCUUCCAAAAUUGUAACAGAUGUUUGACCUGCAUUCAGUAGGAACUGUAUUGGAAAAUUAAAUGGAAAUGCCCCAGCAAUGCAGCAGUGACGAGACGUCACUGGCCAGACCGCUAAACUUGCUCUUGGUUUUUUGUGCAGACUCUAAUCCCAGUACCCAAGAACCACUUCAACCCCCUUCUUCAGAGCCUCUCCCGGAGACAGAGAGCAAAGAGCCGCACAACCACCUCGUGCUCGAUAUUGAAAAUGAUACAGAAAGCACUGCUCUGUAGUGGAAACUCCCCAAGUUCAUACAGGUUCCUCUCCUGGUGGGAAAACCCAACGGUGAAAAGCUUCUUUUGACGCUAUGGCAGGACUGUGUAGAGCUGGGACGGGGAUUUAGCCAGUCAGAAGAAGUUUAAUGAUCUGUGUCUCAACAAUGGUUUUCAGAAUCCUGGAUGGAAGGAAUCAAUUACUGCAGAAACGUGCAUAGGAAGCGUAAUUGCUGCUGAUACAGGUGGUAUUGGCAGAAAUUCCAGAAGCAGCAGAACGUUAGCUAUUUAAAGUGCAUGUAUUAUGGAAAUAAUCUUUUUAAUGUCACGGUUAGACUUUUAUUUCUAGUUCUUAGCCAUUACAAGGAGCUGCCUUGCAAGAGACAUUCCCUCACUGAUUUGCUGCAGAUUCUUUUUAAAACAUGAACCAAACAAUGCCAGAGCGCUGGUGGUGACCGCGGGUUAUCGGUCGCCUGGUCAAAACUGUGGAUGUAUUUUAGUGCCUUGAAGGACUGUCAUACUGUAGAAGGAAACUUACUGUAUCUUUAAUCAUUUCAUUGCUACUUAACGAUCAGUACUUACUACUUAUGUCAUAGUUAUUUGUAUUAACCAAGCCUGCUUUUGUUUAUGUGAAACUCGCAACUGUUUCAGGAUGCAGUUGGGUGGAAGUGGGUUUAGUGCUUUCCUUGGAAACGGUUGGAUUUGGAAAGACCUUUGAAACGGCUGUUUGGGUUCCUCACUCGGGUGAACAUUUAUAAAAUUAAAGAUUGUCUUUUGUCAACUUGAA